AUGUCUGAUACUGAAGGAGUUCAAUAAGAAACUUAAUUAUACGUUUCUCCUAUCGCAAACCCCAUUGCCCCUGCCAAGCUUGAAAAGAAAAUUCUUAAGCUCACCAAGAAGUAAGUUAAAACAAAGAACAUCAAGAGAGGUGUUAAGGAAGUCGUUAAAGCCAUCAGAAAGGGAGCUACUGGUGUUUGCAUCAUGGCUGCUGAUAUCUCUCCCCCUGAUGUUUUGAGUCAUAUUCCCGUUAUCUGCGAAUCUAAGGACAUCCCUUACGCUUUCGUUAAGUCUAGAAUGGAAUUAGGUACUGCUGCUGAAACUAAAAAGCCUACUUCAGUUGUUCUUUUAACUGCCCCCGAAAAUGCUAAAACUUUAAAGAAAUACAACUCUAUCCACGAAAAGGUUAAAUCUAUCAACCCUUACUUCUGA